GUAGGAUCUUGCUGGGCGUUCUCCACGGUAUCAACAAUAGAAGGGAUCACCAAGAUCAAGACAGAUAAGCUGAUCUCUCUGUCGGAGCAAGCACUCGUUGACUGCGACUUCUCCAAUGGUGCGUGCGAUGGGGGUUGGCAGGACAAAGCAUUCGCCUUCGUCACCUCAACCGGCGGCAUCACCACCGAGGCCAACUAUCCAUACCUAGGAUAUCAAGGUAUCUGCAACAUCACGAUGCUUUCAGACCACGCAGCUUCCAUCGCCGGCUUCGAGUACGUACCGGUGAACGACGAGAAGGCGCUGAUGGCGGCGGUGGCCAACCAACCUGUGUCGGUGAGCAUCGAAGCCAAAGGGACCGACUUCCAGUUAUACACAGGAGGGAUCUUCUCCGGGCCGUGCGGGACUGACCUUGAUCACGCCGUCACUGCUGUUGGCUACGGGACGUGGCAGGGAACUAAUUACUGGAUAGUGAAGAACUCAUGGGGCAGACUGUGGGGUGAGAAGGGGUACGUACUGAUGCGGAAGGACGAUGCAGCAAAAGAGGGACUUUGCGGCAUCGCCAUGGCCGCUUACUUUCCAACCGCGUGAUGAAGGCUUGGUGGUGAAUAGAGUUCACGAACGCGUUCUGCUUGUUUUCAGAUUAAAUUCAUUUUGAUGUUUGAAAAAUAAAUUAUUUUAUUUAUAGUC